GUGGUCACGUCAACGUCACGGUGUUAGGCAAUUACUUCAAAGUAGUUCAACUGACCGGCGUAUACACUACAAUUUGCUGGAUGCUCCGUUCAAGGCUAGCGACUGCCUGGCCGCGCGCAUCAUAUGCACGAUCAUUUUCCAGGAGCUCAACGCCGUUUUCAGGUCAUAAUAAAUGGUCCAAAAUAAAACAACGAAAAGGUGCAGAAGACGCGAAGAAAUCUAUCUUGUACGGUAAAGCCGCCAACGACAUUCUUGCCGCUGCCAGGAAUGGCGGGUCACCGAUCCUUGAAGAAAACUCUAUGCUAGCCACUGCUGUCCGACGCGCAAAAGACGCCGGUGUCCCGAAAGAGAACAUCGAGAAUGCUUUGCUCAAGGCGUCCAAAAGCAAGAACGACAACGGCCAAGCUGUCUCUUAUGAAGCCAUGAUGCACGGCUCUGUGGGCAUCAUCAUAGAAUGUAGGACCAAUAAUAUCAACCGCACCAUCAGUAAUGUGAGGGAAAUCCUCAACCGUCAUGGUGCUCGACAGGCUCCAGUCAAGUUCAUGUUCCGUCAACGAGGAUACCUCAAAAUUGCUCUCGAUCCAAGCGAUAUAGAAGACCUGUUCAACACAGCAGAGUCGACUCAGUGUGCCUUUGAUUUCGAUGAAUGGGAAGAUGACUCCGGUGGUAGUCGCGGAAUAGAGCUGGCAUGUUCUCCCGACGAGUUGUUCAAGUUAGAAGACGGACUUCGGCAGUACAUCCAGCAAAAUGCCAAUGCUGAAAUACUCGUCAGGGAGGUUAGAUGGGCCCCGCUGGAAGAGCAAGAAAGCACCGACGAUGAAAAAGACAGUGUCUCGAAUGUCGUCGAAGCUUUAGAAGAGGACGAGGAUGUCACCCGUGUGUCGACUUCCCUGGAAUACAGCUCUCUGCUCGGAAACGCUUGAUUUAUAAUACAGUAUAGGACCGGUCCUUUAGCCACCUCAAGCAUAACUUCUCUUUUUUUCGUGUCAACACUAAGUAAUAUAUUGAAGGUGAGGUCUCACCCGAGAUUGUUACAGUAUACGAGGAAGAAUCAUGUCUGCGAUGUUGUGUGUGAUAUGAGUUGGUUGUUUUGCCUACCUUUGCAAAUUCUAUUGAGGCCAUGUAGUAGACCCGUUGAUUGUUUUUUUUAGGCUGGUAGGAUACGAAAUAUACUUCAAACAUCAUUUCA